AUGACUAACGUCGAAGACCGAGCUAUUCCACGAGGCUCUACUGUCCUUGUUACGGGCGUCAACGGCUUCAUCGCAUCGCACGUGGCCGAUCAGUUUAUCCAACAAGGAUACAAGGUCCGCGGAACGGUUCGCGACGCAAAGAAGAACGCCUGGCUCAAUACCUAUUUUGAUACGACCUAUGGCAAAGGUCAUUUUGAGUUGGUCUCCGUUCCUGACAUGAUGGUUGAGGAUGCUUUUGAAGAAGCCGUCAGAGGUGUAACGGCCUUCGUCCAUGUUGCUUCUGUGGUUAACUUGAACCCUGAUGCGAGCAAAGUCAUUCCAGCCGCCGUCACCGCCACAGAAGUCGCCAUCAAGGCUGCUUUUAGGGAGUCUAGCGUAAAACGCUUUGUGCUUACUUCUUCGUCCUUUGCGGCCGUUCCCAGCGGUCCUUUCCAAGAGCCGUUUAUGGGUUCAAAAGGUGUUCCCAUUGCUGAGGAGUCUUGGAACUCACAAACCGUCGAUUUAGCUUGGAAAGCUGGCCCCUGGGGUCCAGAGCAUGGCGGUAUUGUUUACAUGGCCAGCAAAGUUGAGCAGGAGCGGGCUGCGUGGAAGUAUUAUAAAGAAAACCAAACAAGACGUCCUGACCUUGUCGUAAACACUGUCCUUCCUGAUUUCAACAUAGGGAAAAGCCUUGAUCCAGUGAACCAAGGCUACCCGUCAACUUCCGGAUUAAUCAGAAGCUUUAUGAACGGCAAUCGCACUCCUCUUGGCCUUUCAUUACCACAGUGCUUUAUCGAUGUCCAAGAUGACGCUCUUUUGCACGUUGCUGCAGCUAUACUUCCUGACGUGAAGGGAGAGCGCGUGUUUGGCUUCGCAGAAUCUUUUAAUUACGACAGGAUUUUGGAUAUCCUUCGAAGGCAGAACCCUGGAAGGAAAUUUCAUGAAAACUAUUCUGACGGCGAAUAUCCCUUUGUUAUUAAGCCCAGGGGGCGCGCCGAAGAGCUACUUCGCAGGCUUGGAAAAUCCGGCUGGACCUCAUUAGAGGAGAGCUUAUUGCUAAACACUAAGGACGCCGAGUAG